UGUGAUUUGUAACUUCCUUCCCGGGUACGCCUUUCAAGUGUCAUUCAAGGUUCCACAUUAGAAAGUGAUUAUAAGGUCUGAUCUCUACUGAUACGGGUGUUCAGCAAGCUCGAAGAAGCAAUAAUGUCAAGCUAUCUGCCUGAGGAAGUGGUAGUAAAUAUACUCUCACACCUCCCUCCUAAAUCUCUACUUCGAUUCAGGUGUGUCUCCAAAACUUGGCUUGCUCUCAUUGGAACUCCUGAUUUCGUAUCCAAAAACCUCAUCAACAACUCCAUUCUCAACACCAAAUCCCAACACCCAUAUCCACCCUUCCUCUUCGUCAAAGCCAGAGAAGAAUCCAACUCACCACCUCCUUUUCUCGGACUUGGCGGCAUAGUCUCUUCCUCUAAUGGCAUCCUCUGUCUCCACGACCAUUUCCAAGGCGAUGUCUACCUCUGGAAUCCUUCCUCCUCAUUGCAACUCAUGGCUUUAUCUCGUCGCAUCUACUGUCCUCGCACGAAAGACUUCGACUACGUUCUGGGGUUGGAGUUCGGGUUCGAUUACAUAGCUGAUGACUUCAAGGUGGUGGGAUUUCUAGACACUCUCAAUACCAGUUUCAUGGCCGACACGGAUUUUGUGGAUGUCGAGCUGGAAGUGUACAGUUUGGGCCCUGGUUUAGGGAAACAGUUCGACACUAUUCUUGAUUUAAACAUGCUCAAUAUUUUCGUUCCCUAUGAAAGGGCGAAAGUGUACGACAAUGGGUUCUUUUACUGGUGGGUAGGGCCCAAUGAAGAUUAUGAUGAGAGAAUUGUUUCAUUCGAUUGUAGGAAUGAGGUGUUCAGAAUGACGCCGCUUCCGGAUAGAAGUGUUAUUGGGGAUUGUAACGAAGUAUGGCGGAGUCUCAUGGUGUUGAAUGGGUUUGUUGCUAUGGCGGUUCAUCCUUUCAGAAGGAAGAAGAAGGUGUCGUUUUCUAUAUGGGUUUUGCUUGAAUUUGGUGUGAAGGAAUCAUGGACUAAGCUGUUUAGAAUUGGGCACUAUUUCGAUUUGGAGUGGCCAUUGUGCUUUUGCAAGAAUGGGGAGUUGCUUAUGGAGAACAGAGAAGGGGAGCUGGUCUUGUAUGAUCCUUUUACACAGACAACCAAGAAUGUUCAACUUAACGGGUUUACUAAAUCGUUCCUUAACACGCAAAGUUCAGGAGUUCAGGCACAAUAGACAUAUAUAUUGAGCUGAUCUAAGAGGAGGUAAGGUGUGCGAGGAGUGUUAUGGAUGUCAACAUGGUGAAAUUAUAUUUUGAUUCAAGUGAAAUAUUUAAGUGCUUGUUAGAGCUAGUCACACUGUCACAGAAGUAUAAUAUUAGCUUAGUAUAUGGUGUUUGCUGUAUAUUUGUAUGGAUGUUUUCUGGUUAGCUACUUAGAGACAGGUUACUAGUUUGGUGCUGUGUCCCCAGUUGUUUCAACUUUCAAGGGUACAAGACUAUAUAAGCCAGAUAAACAAAUACAGUGAGAAAUACAGACAGAGGGAGGAGCUUUAUUAUU